AUGCUGGACACCUACAGCCAUCGCUCCCUGAUGGUUUUGGCGUUUCUGGGGAUUUUAUCUGCUAUUAUGUCCUUGUUGUCCGUUAUUUUGAUCUUUCAGCUGCAGUCACAGCAGGCGAACGUGCGGGAGUCGCCUUCGACCGUUGUACCAGCUGAGGUUUCUGCUGUGUUGAUGCCAGUCUCUACGGUUCUUUCCGCGUUAUCUCUCACUCUGAACCUCUGCUCUGUUACCGUCUGUCUUCUGCACAGUUACUUUACCACAGAGAUUUGCAGGGGAGAAGAAGACACAAACAGGGCUGACUGGUUCCUAUUGGACAGCAGAGCAGUCCGACAUGUAGCGAUUGGCUUGUUUUGCCUGGGCGUAUCAGUGUAUUUAGCAGCUCUGUCCAUUUACAUGCUGAUGGUGUUUGAGGUGGAGACCGGCAUAGCCAGCGUAUGUGUGCUGUCCUCCGGAGUUCUGGUUCUGAUGAUCGUGGUCGUGCACUCCCUGGUCCGAGCCGCCCGAACCGCAAGGCACUUCCGUUCCGAACACAGCCACACCGUUUACCAGAACGAGGCGGAAAUCGUCUCGGCGGUCCACCCGAGCGAGCUGGGCGUCAGGGAGAAGCCGCGGCGGCAGCAGAGCCAGACCGGUGCGCAGAGACAGUUCUACCCGCCCUGUGUGGACUCCGCGGACAGACAGCGCUGCUCCCCCGCCCGUGGGCCUCACAGCAGCACAGUCAACCACAGGGAGAGCUACAGCGGGGCCAGGAUGCACAGGACUCUGUCUGCCGAGUCUGGCCUGCUCCAGGCUCAGGCCAAACCCUGGAACGGGGUCAAUAACGAGAUGAGAACUGUACUGGCCCGUAAGUCGGGCGCGUCUGGAAAAGAUUCCACCCUGGUGUGAGAGACCGUGGGGUGCUGAUGUGGCCCUGGUACCACACGCUGGGAUAACAGGUCUAAUCCUGUGUAGUAGAGGAGAGCUGGA